GGCGGGCGCGGCGGCGCCGGCGGCAGCGCAGGGGAUGUACAACAACAUGAGCAUCACCGUCUCCAUGGCCGGCUCCGGCACCGGCAUUCCCGGCUCCGGCACCGGCAUUCCCGGCUCCGGCGGCAUUCCCGGCUCCGGAGGAAUUCCCGGCUCUGGAGGAAUUCCCGGUUCCGGCGGCGUUCCCGGCGGUUCCGGCGGCGUUCCCGGCAUGGGCGCCAUGGGCGGCGGCCUUGCCAUGAAUCCCGUCAUGGCCGGCAUCAACUCCAUGUGCUCGGAGCAGGUGCCUGAGGCGGCGCUCCGGCCCCCGGGGCUGUUCUGUGCCCAGCUGGGCCCCGCUGAGCUGCUCAAGGCCGAGCCCGACGGCGCCCAGGUGCAGCAGGUGCAGGUGUUCGCGGACGUUCAGUGCACCGUCAACCUGGUGGGGGACCCCUACCUGGGCCCCGCCCCCCCCGGCGCCCUGGGCACCCCCAAAACCCCCGGCGGGGCCCCCCCGGCGCCGCCCGCGCCCGGCAAGAGCCUGCUCCAGCAGCUCCUCACGGAAUGA